AUGGUCAAGCGUCGCCGCGAACGCGACAAGCCCAAAGCCGGCCCAGAGGCGCUCUACAACCCGAACAAACGCGUUUUGCUGAGCUAUGCUUCCGACGAGGAAGAGGUCGAGGAGGAAGCUUUACCGGCUGCGGAAGAGCUGGUCGCAAUGAGAGCGAGUGCGACUGCCUAUGAUGCGGCAGAAGAUGCAGAAGCAGAGGACUUGGAUGAUGUGGAAGUGGAAGGCGACGUGUCGAACUAUCAGAUGACGGAGUACCCGGACGAGGAGAGCGAGAAAGCUGGAGACGAAGAGGUUGAAGAGGAGGAGUCUGAAGUACUUGUGGAUGAGUGGGCGAAGACGAAGAGGAAGGAUCCUACAACAAAUCAGUGGACGAGUCUGGGGCCUCCGCCGCCGGACACUGAUGAGGAGGAUGAGUAUGAUCCGGAUACAGAAGAGGCGAUGGCGUAUUUGAGAGCUGUCAGAUCUGAGCGACAGACUAUACCUGAGAUUCUCUCGGCAACCCACCAGAUGCAAGCUGAUGCUGACCAUGUCGAAGGUGUCGCCGCGAGUUCUCUUCCCACUCCUCCCAUGAUCCCAGAUCAACCGACUGUCGAUGCCGCUUCGAUCACCGUUGAAGCAGACGACAAGACCGAUCCGCAGAAAGUCUUCACUCGCCGACUCCUCGAUCGAUUCUACCUGCAACGAGCACACCUUCAAGUCUCCCCAACCGCGGAGCAACUCGCGAAUCUGACAGACGCACACUUGAUAUCCUUCCCAGCAGAUAAUAUCAAGGCGUUCCACGAAUGGCAGCGCGUGUUGUCUUCUCGUACACCACACCUCGCACAGCUACGGUGCAUGGACCAGGACAGUGUCAUCAAUCUGCUGGGCGUUGUUCAACGACACCACAUCGCAAAGAGCCAUGACAUUACUGCGAUCACUAGCGCGUGGAUUUGGGCGUUGUUGACAAGGCUGGACGACGUGGGCACCAUGACCAACGAUCAAGUAUAUCCCUUGCGCGAACUGGGUAAGAAGGCUUUGCUAGUGCUGCUGUCCCAUAAGAGCCCUGCGAUUGCAGACCAGCUCGAGGCGACGCUGGGAGUAGGAGACGAUCCGGGAGAAGAGAUUCAAGCUGUUGCUGGCGCUGAUCCCGCACAAGACGCCAAUGUCAGUGUCGAGACGUCUGCUUCGGUCCAAGAAGUGCCUAUGCCUGCCAUGGCUUCGGAGAAUACUCUGGCGACUCUCGACAUGAUUCUGGUGGUAGUAGGUCAGGCCUUUGGUCAGAAGGACUUGCUGGACUGCCGCCUGCCAUGGACUGCUGCUGCUGCCACUGCGAUCGAGUGA